AUGACUCGCUGCUCAAAGAUAUUUACGAGCACUGCGUCUUAUAUACCACUGACCUUUUCUCGAAGUUCAACUCCAGUGUUCCAAUCCAUUUUCCGCCCUCGACAACUCAAAUCGGGAUAUUUCGCGCGGCUGGGCUCCACAACGGCCGAGAAUCAUCGCAUCGAAUACAACUGGAUCAAGGAUGUGGGGACACUUGAGGAAUAUCAGCCUGGGGGUUAUCAUCCUGUUAUGAUCGGGGACGUGCUAAAUGGCAGAUACCACAUUGCAGAUACACUUGGCUUUGGGGGCUAUUCAACGGUUAAUAUCGUAGACGUGCUUCCGUGUGAGUUGAAAGUUCUCAAGGCUCUGUCUGGCCCUCUUCUGCUGUUCUUGUUUAUAUAUCCAGGAUAUGAUUUAGUGCCUGCUUUUCUAGAUAAAUUUAAAAGCAAUCUUAGAGAAAUCUUCUCUAACUAUAUUUUCCUCCUCAAAGCCGUUACUUAUACACAUUCUCAAGGCCAUAUAUCUAUCUAUCUAAGCAAUAUUUUGGUCAAGAUCCUGUUAAGCUUUAAGAACCUCUCUAUUAAGCAGUUAUAUAAAAAAGAAAUAUUACUCCCUAAUGCGCCAGCGAAGGCAGUUGUGCUGCUAUUCCUAGGAAAGUACGCAGAGGAGUUCAUAUUAAGUAACACGUAUCUACUUCUGAACUACUACACAUCACCUGUGUUUCAAGCUCUAGAAGCCAAAUUCAAACUACAGACCCCCCUCUCGUAUCCCUCAGGCAUCUGGAGCCUGGCUACGGCUAUCUGGGAGAUCAUCGGGAUGAAAGCCAUUUUCAGCACCGAGUUCGUUCCUGAGGAUGAGAUCGUGUCUCAACAUGUCGAUGUGCUUGGACCUAUGCCUUUGGAGUGGUGGCGGCGCUGGGAAGGACGACCCCGGUUUUUCGACGAGGAUGGGUGUCCGACAGAGUCCUACCGGCAAAAUCGAUGGCCUCCGCUUGAAGGCUCAUUUGAGGUCGGUGUGCAGGAAUGGAGACGGAGAGUGGGAGACGAGAUUGGGGAAAACGAGAAAGCUGCGUUUCUGGAUCUGAUGCGCCGGAUGCUGUCUUUCCGGCCGGAAGAGAGACCGACUGUUGAAGGGGUGCUGCAGUCGGAGUGGAUGGUGAAAUGGGCAUUGCCUGAUUGUGAGCUGAGCUAG